AGACCGAAAUACAGCGCUUAAACGAGAGGGAAGCAGGAGUAAACUAGCCCUGUGAGAUCUGCAAACAUGUCUGGUAAACCAGUUUGCAUUGCUGAUUUUGAAGAGUAUGCUAAAAAAUUUCUCCCCAAAUCGGUGUAUGAUUAUUACCGAUCUGGAGCAGAUGACCAGGAAACAUUGGCAGAUAACGUAGCAGCAUUUUCAAGAUGGAAGCUGUACCCCCGGGUGCUCAGGGACGUGUCAGUAAUGGACCUGUCAACCUCCGUCUUGGGGCAGAAGAUCAGCAUGCCGCUCUGUGUUGGAGCCACGGCCAUGCAGCGCAUGGCCCACGCUGAUGGAGAGACGGCGACAGCUAAAGCCUGCCAGGCAAUGGGGACAGGGAUGAUGCUCAGCUCCUGGGCCACCUCUUCCAUUGAAGAAGUGGCUGAAGCAGCUCGAACUGGCCUUCACUGGCUGCAGCUUUACAUCUACAAGGACCGGGAGGUCACCGAAUCCCUCGUGAGGCGUGCGGAGAGAGCAGGUUACAAAGGCAUCUUCGUGACGGUGGACACGCCGUUCCUCGGCAGGCGCGUCGAUGACGUGCGCAACAAGUUCCAGCUUCCUCCACACCUCAGGUUAAAAAACUUUUCGAGCAGCGACCUGGCGUUCUCCUCAGGGAAAGACUUUGGAGAAGAUAGCGGACUGGCGGUGUAUGUAGCCGAGGCGAUUGAUGCGAGCAUCAACUGGGAGGACAUCAAAUGGCUUCGAGGGUUGACCUCGCUGCCCAUCGUUGCCAAAGGAAUCCUCAGGGCUGAUGACGCUAAAGAAGCUGUGAAGAUUGGGUUAAAUGGUAUCUUGGUGUCAAAUCACGGAGCACGGCAGCUCGAUGGGGUCCCUGCCACUAUUGAUGUCCUGCCUGAAAUCGUCGAGGCCGUGGAGGGGAAGGUGGAGGUGUUCCUAGAUGGGGGUGUAAGAAAAGGCACAGAUGUUCUCAAAGCGUUAGCUCUUGGUGCCAAAGCUGUAUUCAUCGGAAGACCUCUCAUCUGGGGCUUGGUUUAUCAAGGUGAAGAAGGAGCAAAAGAAGUUCUCCAGAUGCUGAAGGAAGAGUUUCGCCUGGCAAUGGCACUGACAGGAUGCCGGAGAGUAGAAGAAAUUGGCAGGACACUGAUACGAAGACAUCAAGCGUUAUUUUCCAAGAUUUAGGUCUGAAGACUAUCGCCUUGCGUGUCACCUGUUGUACAGAAAAUGUGCUACUGGACAAAAAAACAACUGCGUUUGCUCUUUAGGCCUCAUCCUGCAACCCUGACUGAGAAGGGGUGGUCUGUAAGAGAUCACUUGUUAAAAAAGUACUUAAAGCAAGUUUUAUAGGUGUUUCCAUAUUCUCCCAGGCUUAAGGAAAGCUGCUAUAGUGAGAGUUGUGAUUAGAGCUGGGCCUUUAUACAGGACCAAUGUAGAAACUUCAAUGUGUUUUACAACAAGUGAACUUACAUGCCUGGAAGUAACUAUAAACAGAAACAUUUUGAUAGCAAGUAGCUAUCAAAAUGCAGAAAUUUAAAAUGUAAAAGAUACUUCUUGCUUGCUGUUUAGAGAAACUACAUUGUACAUCAUAGAGAUUAAAUCUUUCUUAUGAACAUAGUGUCAUUUACCUAGUGACUAUGUGCUGUUCCUUUACAGGCACUUGGGCUUGUAGCACGUAAGCUGUAGGAGCAAAAAAAGGACUCUUAGUUGUGAAAAACUGAAACAGCAAAGCAAAAUUGGGGAAGCUCUGCAGUGUGACACAAAUCGCUUUGCAAUCAGACAACCGUUAUAUCAGGUAUAGGUCAGAUCCUUGGCUGGUGUAAAUCCUUGUAGCCCUAUUGCCUUCACCAAACUGUGCUGACUGCUCUCAGCUGGAGCCCCAGGUCACAUAUUUCACCUGGAUUCAUUUGCUGAUGGUGACAAGUGAAGGCUGGUCCUACCUGGAAGAGUUUGUAGGAUUUGCAGCCAUGUGCUGAAGAGAAACUUGAAUAACUGAGGUAAUAACACCCUUCAGAGAGAGAAAUCUUAGUGUUAUUCACUUUAUGACAAGGGUACAGAGACAUACAGAAUCUGUUCCUGGAUUCUCUGAGCAAUCCAAAUACCUACUGAAUUCAUUUUGCAAAUGUAAAGAAUGAAGGAAUAGCUUCAUACUGCACAGUGGCCCUUCCCAAAGCGAGCAGGCAUAGGAGGUGAGGCUCCACUAAUUUCAUCUUGGGUAAAACUAUAAGGGUGGCUCUUACCUGUUUCACUUCUGUUGCAAUUAUCGCAAUGGUACUGGGAGCAGGUGGGAGGCCAUUGCAGAAAGGUUCUUGUUCUGAAAAUCUAGUGUUCACUUUUAAGGAGGAUUUUUUUUUUUUAAAAAAAGCUUUGAUUUCACUGUUUCACUGUCACUAAUGUCACUGGCUCCACCGUUUGCUUCCCAUCAGUGUCAGAAGGACUCGUGUGUUCUGACUCUCCUGUUUUGCCCUGUUUGAAAUAAACCUUAUUAAGCUUUAGAGGCAGCUUUGUAAUAAAAUGAUGGAAUAUUACAGUGUGAACUAAAGCUGAGGCUGGAACUCAAAAUGGGGAGAAAACCCAAAAGGCCACAUGCUUGCCCUUCAGUUGUAAAAUUUGUACUCUUAUUUACUGCAGAGUGUAGUGUGUUGUGUGAGGGUUGCGUAGCAACAAAAUAAAGUUUAUCUGUGUAAGGAAAUAUGUUUCUCAGAGCAUAGAGAAGCAUAAUUUCUGCUGUUUACUGCACUUAUCAUAUCUGUUGCAAUGUGGACUGUGUCAGAUGUCAAUUACAGACUAACUUCAGAAAGACUGUUUAUUUUAGAUAAUAUAAAUGUUACUUAAAAGACAGGGGCAUAAUAUCUUAUGUUUACAUGUUUAAGAUCUAUUUCUAAAGUUUAGAAGAUGCAGUUUCCUGUCUUUGCCCCAGCCAGAUUCAAGGAAAGUUCUGUAACUCUGUGGUCCAGGAUAAAUUCUGAUGGUGAGGAAACCAGUUUCGUUACUUGUGCGUAAUUAACUAUUUCUGGUUCCUCUGGGAUAAUGGGUUUACAUUGUUUUUUCCUGCUUGUUAUCUGAGAAUUGUCUGACUGCCUUCCAGUUCAACCCUAAUAAGAACAGAUAUGCAUUAAAAACUGAAAUUAGAGCCAAAUACUGAAACAGUGAGAGAGUGUUAACAGAAUCAAAAUUAAUUUGCUUGGUAGACUUGUGUUUUUAAAUAUUCCACAGUGAACAGAAUUUUCCUUGAUUUUGAGACAACAAAGCACAACUGCUUUUGGAAAUGAUUGAAAAAAGGUAGGAAUUCUCUUCAGUUUUGGUUAGAAAGCACAAAGCCCUCUACCAUUUAAAAAGCUGAACAAUGCCCAGGCUAAGAAAAAAUAUCUAACAGUUGCUUCACCUGGAGAAGCUGAGAAGAAAACAUAUUGCACAUAGCAGGUGGUGGUGGUAGAUCCUUCUGUAGCUUGUGAGAGUUUCUGAGGAGAAUAUAAUGAUAGAAAAAAAAAAUAGAUCUUUGUGAGAUAUGUUAGGUAGAAAAAUACAAUAUUUGUCUCUAAAGUGAACUCAGCAAACUCUUCUGAACAGUCACAGUCCUCAGAUGAAGAAAUACAAGUAGGGGGGAAGAGAAGGUGUAUUUUGUGUUUAUGAUGCUUUAGUAUAUCUGUAUGUCAAAUAGACACAGUGUCUUGAUGGUUUUAAUUGUGAAAUUAUUUUCUGGCUUUACCUUGGCUCCACAUUAAGCUGUAGAUACCAAGAAAAAAUGUCUACAUAGAUAAAAAAAAAAAAUCUAGUAAGGGAUGAACAGCGAGUGAUAUUUAUGCACCCAAAAAGACAGUGUCCCACAAAGUUGUCUCUUUUGCCCCAGUCGGCCCACAGAGGAUUAAAGCUACUGAUAAGAAUAUGAAGAGGAUCCUCCACAGAGGAUGUGUAGAAACCAUGUGGGAUAUUUGGAGAGGCUUCAGCCCUUCUUUGGAAUCUUAGCAGCUGGACUCAAGACACCCAUUUCUGCCAGAAGUUCUAAAGAAGACAGUCUGUUUCAAAGUUAUGAGGUCAUUGGAAGAGCCUGUGACUUUGUCCGGACAUCUGAUAGAGCACAUCAAGGCUUGGACAUGCAGGGAGAAGGGCCCUCCUAAGAAAAAACAAUAUGCGUCUGCAAAAGACCACCUUGAGCUGCAACACCGGGGUGGUUUGUGCCCAGGGGACAGGUUUGGCUGCGUUGGGAACAUAUUUGCCAUAAGAGCUUGGCAGUUUAAUACAGCAGAGGUGCAGGGCUGCAGGCACGGCUGUCUGGUGAGUAGAAGAUGGCAGAAGUCAGCUGAGGGUUGUGAGGACGCCUGACUUUUCAGAUAAAAAGUGGAGGAAGAAGUUAGUGUAGUUUUGGGACAGAUUUUACUCUCUUGCUUAGACUGUUAGUUCUUUGAAGCAGAGACCUGCUGCUUUUUGAAUGCUUGGAGCCUGUGUGCAGGGUGGGGAAUCCAGUAAGUAAAUAAUAGGAGUCAUAAUUCAGUGCACUAAAGCUGAAGAGCUGUGAAAGACGUGAUCUGUUUUCUUGUGACCUCCACCUCUUGCUGUGACUCUGGGACACGUUAUUGUGUUUUAUUUUUAUUAGUGGCCAAGUCAAACAAAUAACUCUGGAACUGGUAAGAGCUCCACCUUCAUCCCCAAUUUUUCAGGUUAAGCGUAAAACUUGUCUGUCUUAUGGGGAAUUUCUGAACAUAAAUAAACAGACACUUAGAGUAACUCGCUUUGAUAAAUGGGCAAUGUAGGUCAGGGCCUGCUGGAUAUGCAGGCGACUCAAAGAUGAAGCAAAGCUGGGGAAGUAGGCAGGAAUGGCUCUGCUUUUCUUGGCUUCUCAAAUGGUUUUCAGGCUGAAAUCAAAUACUUGAGAGCACGAGGAAAGCUGGCUUCUGAAAUCAUGAUUUUUGCACUGAACCUCACUGUAAGGAUAUCUCUUAUAAAGCGACUCUUGAUGUGGAAAUUUGGCUCCAAACCACACUCAGGGCCAUUAUAAAUAACCACUUCAUCACAGGACACACAGAAGUUGGCUUCCUUGAACACUCCUAGAAAGCAAGUCUAACCUUAUUGAGCCAUAACCUCAGCUAGUGUAAAUCAGAGAAGCUCCACUGACUUCAUCAGUUUAUACUGAUUUACACCAGCUGUGACUGUGGCCCACAAUACAGCAAGACAUGGCAGCUUUUAAACUCUGUCACUGAGUGUUGAACAAAACUGUUUUUAGAACAAGAUUGGCAAUCCCAAAUUUAGAUACUGAUGAGGCACAGCACUGUAAUUGUUUCACGAUGCCUAUGUGCUCCAUUUUGUUUUCAUUUUGCCUUGCUUCUGUUUUUCUUAUCUCUUGCCAAACAGAGGGAGAGUACCACAUAUGUUACAUUCAUAACAGAGAUUUUUGCUGCUGUUUUGCUGCUUUGAGAACACGUCCUCCAGAUGCAAAAUGCUUUUGUGCUGUAGUUCAGCUUCUUCAAAGGCGUAGGUAUGCUGGUGAUGCACCAAUACAAGAAUGCCCGUGAGGGCCAGCCCUGUGUUUCUCCAGGCUCUGGAGCUCUGGAUGGGGCACCCAGAAGCUGAACUUCAAAGAUCUGAUUCCAUCUUUGGGCUUCCCAGCUCCUACGCCACCAUAUCAGAGGGGCUGAAUUAAUUGUGUCCAGAAAUACCCCAAGAGCAUCAAGACAUGCAUCACAAUCUUGCAGGGUGCUCAUGUAGUUCACCAUACUGAGUAAUCAGCUGCACUGGUGGCACCUUUAUGGUAUGGAAGGCUGGUAGACACAUACAGAUGGUUCGUUCAGGCAAGGGGAAGGCAUUCAUAUAACUAUUAGACUGACAGUGAUUAAUAUUGAUUGUUAUUUUAUGACAACAGCAGCUGCAAGUUCCAGUCAAGGUCAAGACAGCGUUGUGUGCUACAAAGAUGCUUUUCUGCAAGCAGCAAUCUCUACCCAACAGAGCCUGAAAUGUAAAUUGAAAGGCAGAGAAGUCUCUUUUAUAAAAUGGGAAUAGAUAUAAACUGAUUUCCACAGCUAAGUGGAAUUCCUGCUAUGCCGCCUUAGUUAUAAAUCAUGCUGUUUUCCCUGAGGCAGAUAACCCUGAGGUGGACAUCACAUAUCACAAAUACCCAACCACCACGGGAAAGGUCCACAGAUGAACUACAGAACAGAGGAAAAGCUGGGCCACAGAAGAACUUUAAUACUGUGUAAUUUUCCUGCAGAAGGUGGGACUGCACAACUGGGACUGAAUAUUAUGCUCUGCCAGUUUGCCAAGCAAAAUCUGAUUGUGGUGGCUUUGUGAUACAGGAAUGGCAGGCCUCUUAUUUCUUCCUGGUUAUCUAUAAUUCCGUAUCGUAACGUGAUCUUACAUGGGCUCUCCCCAAGCCCCUCAAUUUAUUAACCCCUUUAAUUCUGUAUACUGUGUUUUAUUGGAUUUUGCUAUUAGGAGGGCUGAAAAUAGUCGAUUUAAACCACUUAGUUGUCAUUAAAAGAGUUCUUGCAGACCAGGAACUCCUGGUUAGGCUCAUUUCAUGUGAGAUUUGUCUAAUUGUCAAGAAUGGCCACAAAGACUUCAAAGGAAGGUGCAAGGAUUCUACAAUAAAGCAACAUGGCAUUAAUUUAGCCCUACAAAUAGGGUAUGUAUUGUACACAUUUCUAUUGGGUGUGGUUAGCAAAUAAGUUCAGUGUGCAUUGUUACUGGGCCCAGAAAUCCAGUGUGGAUUUGAGAUAAACAAUUGUCAUAACAGGUGAGACCUGAAUGCUGAUCAGAAGUGGGAAUCUGAACAGCAGGAUCAUCUCAUGUACCUACACUUUCACUAGCCUGGUAUGUUGAAGAAUGUAGGUGGGGUCUCUAUUGUAAUUUUAAUACAAACUGUCACUGACUCCGGAGUUACUCAUCUGCAGCCUUCCCAUCGGCUGGUUAAAAAAAUACUGAAUUUGGUAUAAGCAAAUUCCCUUUCAUGAGCUUAUGUCUCUACCCAGAAAAAUAGAAAAGUGAAAAAAGUGCCCUUCAUACAAGAAACUCCACUGGCCAGCUCUUUGAAAGAGUUACAGAGAAAUUUGUAUUAGGAAAAAAGAACUUGGUCAUAGUCUUAGGAAAGCAAAACAACAGUAUAUGCAAAUAAAGAAUAAGAGCUGGCAAUAAUCCACCUCAUUUCCUUACUGCCUGCUGGUGAGUUUGUUCCACGGCUUCUAAUCCACGGUUGCGGGUCUGGAGGUGCCAGCAUCUGUCUCCGCUUUGUUGUGGUGUUGCAUCUCGUCGUAUCCUGCACAUCGCUGCUGUGUCUGCACCAGCCUUUGCUGUGAAAGUCCUUGGUUUUGAUUUCCCAGGGAAGCUGGAAUAAGAGAGAUGCCUGAGACCUUUGGGCAGAGCCUUUGCCGUUUGGAAAUACUUUGAAAUGAGGUGUGGACAGGUGUGGAUGUUGGUGAAGAGCUUUUGGGCAGAAGGUAAGAACUCCUUUUCAAUUUUUUCAAGAGUCCCCUACCCCAAAUUAAAGUGGGAGUCUAGUUAUAGUGGUUUUCCAGAUGGCGUAAGGGGACCUGCUUAGGUGGGAGUUUGGCACAAGCCAUAGGUAGCUUGUGGGGUUUCAGCAGCACUUUAUGUUGGUAGAGAAAGCACCAAGGGCCUCCUCAAGGCAGAGGAACCCAGUUCCUGGGCCACACGCCACUUAUAGCCAUGGUAUAUACGUUAAAAAGGAAGCUUGCAAAUACCUUAAAGUACUGUUGCCUACAUCGUGUUACUUGGUUAGUAGUGUUGUCCUGGGGCCAGGGAGGUUAGGGCUUGCUGUUCCAGAGCUCCUGCUCCAAGGGUCAUGUGUUUGAGUAAAUAAAGAAGCCCCCCCCCAUUAUCACAUUCUUUCCACUUCAUCUGUUUAGAUGCUGAUAUGAUCUUUGUCUAAAACACUUAGGGCCAAACUGUGUCCGAGCACAACUCUGUUGCAAUCUGUGGAGUUGUGCUGAUCUAUGUCGGCUGCAAAUCUGAACAUACAGGCUCAGCUCUCCCUGCCCUCCCAGAAGGUACCAAAGUUUUCAUUGGCUUCACUGGAAGUUUUGUGUGCGUCCCAUCAGGCCCAUAGUAUUUCAAUUUGUGGGACUUGCAGCUGUUACGUGAGGUGUGUGAUUGUCACCGUUAUCAGGAAUUUUGGGACAAAAACUGGAGGGAAAGCAGCAAGUUCCGCACCAAGGCCGAGAUGAUUCUCCUGAGUUUGGGCAAGGCUCGUACAAUUACCUGCUCAAUGCUGCUGGUAUUUCCCAGGCAAGGUUAUCCCGUUACAGAUACUGAACUUCAGACUGUCUCGUGUGAGUGGAAAAACGAACAGCCCUGGUGCAUGACAUACACGCUUUAAUGUACAAAUAAACAAGUACCUUAUGACUUCUGUACUUCACUCAUCACGUUAUCUGUCCAUAAACUAUACCAUUCCCCAAUUCAGUCUCCCAGCCUUUGUUUUUUUAUGUGCUCACUGUUAACCUGGAAGGCUGCCACAGCCAUACAGCAGGCCUGAAAGAUCUCUCUGGUAGUUCUAGCCCCAGCUUAUUUUAUGGUUAUUCGGUGGUGCCAGAGAAACUUGGAAGACGUUGUGGUGCAUCAUUAAGAGUGUCUUCUCGUGUUAGUCUAUGGAUAGUCACUCGCAAGCAAUUAUACGUAUGUUUGUAACUGCUGCAUAACAGGCUACAAAACCACACAGGACCUAAAUAAUUUGCUGGCAUGCUAAUGAACAGUAAACCCAGACAGUCCAACCAUCUGCAUGCUCUGCUUUUUAUCAGUUUCAAGUGUGUUGGGUUUGGGCGAAUGUGUGUGUGUGUCCCAACAUAAAAAUAUACUUUUGAUCUAUCACACAAAGGCCCUUUAACAUAAAGAUUAAAGUAAAAGGAAGUAUUCCUUUUGAUUCUCAGUCCUUUUUCCAUUAUUGCUCUGAUAUGGAUGGCAGUUGUAUUGUCAGUUAUUAUGGAAGAUGUAGAGUGCAUUCAAAGAACAAGGAGCUGCAGAGUACGUCCAGCCCAGAAGCUUGUUUAUUAAUUUCUGUGUUUGGAAAUCAUCAGUACUAUAUGAUGAGCAAAGAUGUUGGCUGCAAUGUAAAGCAGCUCUAAGCCAACACUGUGCACUGCUGCAAUGGUCUCUAGAGCUGUGAUUGCAGCACAGUCAUGGAGAAAGUUUCCAUUCUGACUGAAUCUUCCCUACAAUGCACUGGAUAAUUUCCCUUGCAGGAUUUUUAUUGCCUCUAUCAGAAGCUUUUUGGUUAUCAAUACAGAAUAAGUAGUAUGUAUAUUACUAUAUAUACUAACACACGGGAACCCAGGAGAGAAUACCCAGAGCUUUGUGGCUUUUUAUGGUUAGAAAAAUGCAGUGACUGACUGUUUUCCAAGAAGUUUGAAAUCUUUUGGAAAGCAAAGUAUUUGUGUGUCAUAUAACAUGAUGCAUCAAAGUAAAGGUGUCUUUGCGCGGGAGACAGCCCUAUUAAAUAAUAUUCCGUAUUACAUCAUAUUCAUUUCUCCUUUUUCAGUCUUACCUUCCUCCGCUAUUGAGAAAAUGGCUAAGGAGAAAUUCCUCAAAGUUUCUCUUUCCUUUUCUACUUGGCAUUGGUGUACACUCCCUUCCCCACCACCUCAUUGGCUCUGCGAAGGUGUUGCUAUGAUUAAUUUCUUUUAUUCCUUGUUUUUGUUUGUAGUGCUGGCAAGAGACCAUCCUGUGAUGCAGCAUCAUCAUGGUAAAUACCAGAAGAACUCAUCUAAAUAUUAGUAUAUUCAGUGAAGUGUGUCAACUAAUUACUGUUCGCUUAUUGCCCCAACAAGAUGCUUAUAAGCAGCACAAUAGUAUGUAAACAGCUGAUAAAAAACAGGGUUGUCAACCUAGUAAGAACUUUGGAUUUUUGGAUGUAGUGUAAUUUGCUGCAAGAAAAGAGUCAGCAUGAAACCUUAUGGGGAAUCUAGUGUCAAAAGCAGCAGUUCCCGAUACAUUAUUUUCUGUUCAGGGAUAAAAAUCUUCCAAAUCAAGUGAUCCCAAGUCAAUUCCAGUAGGUGAUUUAAAUGUGUGAAACAAAACUUUGCAAGUGUGUCUGGCUAAGGGGCUGCCCUUUGAUCUUACGUGUGCAAAUAUAUCCCAGACAUGGGCAUGCACAAAGUGGUUACUUGCAUGUGGAAGCAGAGGAGCCAUGCUAAGGUAUGUAUCUAACAUCUGCCUUGUAAUUAUUCCUCCCGUGAUCAUGACUUUUUGGAAUUUAUGUAUGUUUGUAGCUGAGUGGUUCUAAAGAAUAAAGCCCUAGUGAAUGUGCAGCUCCCUGGGCUUGUAAGUUUUAUUGUUCUUGAGGCACAUGAGCUAAAGGCUGCCUGAGGUCCUCACUGAACCUGCUGGUGAACUUGGGUCUGAUUUCAUGGCGCUGAAGCCUGACUUUGGCCUGUGAGUGGCAGCCAUGCAGGACCUAAUGCCUUUGCAGCCUUUGCGUCAGUGAAAAUAUACAGAAAAGUGUACAUAGCCGAUUAUCAAGAUGAUUGAAAGAGAAGUUGACCUUGGUUUGGAGGAACUAGUGAGCUGAUUUUGGGGUUCUCUCACCUCAAAAUAAGACAUAAAGUAUCCAGUGGCUGGAAGCGGAAGGUAUUAAAAACAGUGUGGGGGUUUUGUCAUUUUGCUGGGUUUUUUUGUUUGUUUGGGUUUGGUUUUUUUUUUAGCAGCAUGGUAUACUGGUGUUGGAAUGUUCCCAAGGGAUGUGGUAAAUUGUCCUUUGUAGUACUGAAACAAAAAAAUUGCUGUUUUUUGUGAAGAUACUGCUCUAUUUUGGCCACAAAAUAUUGGAGACUUGUUAGGUGAAAUGUUCUGGCUUUUUAAUGGUGAAAGUCAAGCUAGAUGAUUACAACAGCCCUGAGCCUUACUAAGCCUAUUACUUUCCUUUUGAUGUCUUGGGGGCUUGCUUUUUUAUACUUCGUGGUUGAACCUAUCUGAAUUUGGCAAGAUAGGAGAGUUUGCAUGAUUCAUUUGUGUGACCCAAGCUAUGAAGAGGUGCACCUGUCCCUUGAUCCUGAAUGGUGCUGAGCCUAUUUAUUAAAACUUGCUUAUCACUGUGGGCAUUUAGGAUUUUUUAAGCCUCUAAAAUCCAGUGGUGGGGCUUAAGGUCCCUGUCUGUGUCUGUCAAUGCAGCUCCUUUGGCUGGAUUGGUCACUUGCUUAAUUAGACUCAUUAAGGCUCUGGUCUGUCAUCUUGUUUCUCUGACAUCUCUGCUUUUGACUUUGAUAGUGUGGAUAUGUCAGAUGCCUCGCUGUCUUGCUGACCCACUGUAGGUUUGAGAGCAUAAUUCCAGGCUUUGUGAGAAAGGAACAUUUGUAAAGUAGCGGCCUCUCACUAAUCUGCAAAGGGAAGGCACGUAUGACAGGCAGUGGGGAUUCCAUUUUUCAGGAUCCAGAGUUUAAGGCAGGCUUAAAGGAGUCUUAUUAAAAGUGUUUUCCAGUGUAUGUGGCUCCUCCUGACAGCACCCAGGUGGUUAAGAAACCAGCAUUAAGAAUAAAAGCUGUUUCUCUUUUCUGCACAACAAAUGGUUCAAGUGUCUGGUAUUUGAUUCAGAAAGGAAACCUGCAGCAGUCAUGUCCCCUGAAAUAAACCAACCAACAUUUUGAGCUGCCAACACUUCUGUCUAUUACGUCAAGUCAUCUCAAAGUUUAAAGCAUAGCAAAGUAAUAUAUAUAUUUUUUUUCAGUAAUCCCAGGGUAAAUAUUAGGUAGACAGCAUUUCUGCUUUGCGCAUUAAAAACCCGACUGAAUUUGAAAAGCCUGCAAGUGCACUUUGGGGAUUUCGGAAAGUGUCGUUUGGCCAUGAGCUAAGACCAGAAGCUGCCAUUUUGCAGAUGGGGCAGGAGGGAAAGGCGUUUGGCCUCAUUCAUAACUUCACAGCUACUGCAAAUAUCAGCUGAUGAAUAUUUAUGUUAUGACUGGCAAAGGCCCGAAAGGCAAACGGAGGGGGGGAAGAGCAGAGGGGGAAGCUUAAGUUAGGAAAAUGGUUGUCUGAACUCUGUGGGAUUUCUUUACCAACACUUUCCAUGCUUGAACAGUAGCUGCUGAAUGAAAUCAUUAUGCGCUGAGCCCCUGCGCAGGAAAACAAAGUUUGUCAAGACUCUGUUCGUUAGCACCUCGUACUUUGUUUGAACCUUGGACGUUUGCUGGGCCAUGUAAAGGGAAACUUUCUUUCCUCCAAAUCAAACGUGCUAUAGAGCUAGCCAGUUUUCUUUUGUUCAGCCGUCGCUGUGGUGGCACUGAUUGUAAAGCAGGGUCUCAUCGUUAGGAAAAUAAAGGCCCCAACAGGAAUGUGAAGUGCUACAGGGUGGUGGAGGUGCUGCUGCAAGGCAGACUGAGUUAGCAGGUCUGGAAAAGGUUAUAUUAGAGGUGUCGUUAUUGAACAGAGCUGUAGCGCUUGGCUGUGCUCAGCUGUGUUGGUAUCUGUAGGUUCAUCCCCUCUGCUAGGACACACUUUGAAACCAGACCUCUGUGCUGCAAGUUGCUGCACAGCUGUUGAUAAACAGGAGAUGAGGGGAAAUGCAAAUUGAAUUAUUUGGGCACAGAGCUGUGGGGGGAGAGAACUAAAAGCCAGCUAUGCUUUCCUCUGUGCACAAAUCCUCAGCACAAACAGUGUUACAUUUAACUGCUGCAGGCAAUACAUGUUUGGUUAAAAUUGAAGUUAUGUUGUUUUUUGCAAGGCAGUGGUUCCCCAAUAAUUCCUGUGUGUAUCCGCAGUCUUGGGUGUUACUGGUUUAGUUUGCAUUGCACUUGAAUUUCAAGGAAGCAAAAGAGGUGAGGGUCCUUCCUCUAUAUAAAAUAAUUACAAAGCAACGUAUUUCUCCAUAUUUGCAUUAUCUCAAAUCACUCAUUGAGAGUGUGGGGGAAAAAAACCCAACUGUCUUUCUUCUGCCUUGCUGUAAAUUAAGAGCAAGGAGCGACUUUCAAUCAAGUUUCACCAAUGUGACUUCACUGUUGGGAUGAAUCUAAACCCAGGAAGGAAAGUGGCUGAAAUAACUGCUGGAAGUGAGCUGGGGCUUACCAAAGUGAUGGGGGUCAGGCUGAGCCUUCUUCAGAGGACCACAGGGACAGACGGAGCGUUUUGGGACUUCGUGAAAUGCAAACGCCUUCAAAACCAGGCAGAAGAAAACUGAGGCGCUCAGAAUCAGUCGGUCGCUCCAGAAGAAUCAUUCCCCAAGAGGUCUGCAAAAUGUACCAGGCUCUGCUUUAGAGGAGCAGGGAAAAGCCUGGAUUUUGCUCGUUGUGCUUCUCCAGAGAAAUCCUUAAACUCAGCACUAACUUGUCCGUUGUUUCUGUGGGAGGCGGAUUUUCUUAGGCUGCUUAUUCACGGUACCUUAAUCCCUUUAAAAGGAGGAAAAACCUCAGGAAACGCGCGUGUGUAAGAAAGCGCAGGGGCCUCGCGAAACGCGCGCGCAAAGCUCUUCUUCCCCUUCCCGCCCUUUGGGGAGACGUCCCUCUGUCCCUCUCACAGAAACCAGCAGAUGGUGCUGCAAUACAUCAAGUAGUUAUAUCCCCGGACGGGGGAAAACUUGGGACAGCUGCACCAGGGGCUGCCCCGGAGGUAAAAUACUGGGCAUUUUAAAUGCACAAAAUGCAGGGCAGCCGUGAACGCCCCGGCGCUCCCCUCACGGUGACGGGUUUGCUCGGUUUGGCGGGAGCCCCUCAGGGAGGGCGGCCAUGUCUCCCUCCCUCCCCAGAGCUUUUGAUAGUGCCACAUUUAUGCCCACAGUUUGGAGCGGUGGUGCUUGGGGCAUAGGGAAAAGCCUCGUUUUCCUCAAAAAAUUCAAAAUUACCUCAAAAAAAUCAAAAUUACCUCAAAAAACCCAAGAAACAACGGUGAAUUUGUGCUCAGCACAGCAGCUCUGUUGCCAGUUCCCUUCCGGAACCUUCCAGCGCUUUCCCUGUCAGGGCACUGGGGGCUACUCAACUUCUACCUCCACCUCCCUACAAAUAGUGAAAAUAAUGAGGAAAACUCCCCAAAAAAAGGGCAGCAGAGGAGCAGGGAGAUUUUGGAGCAAGGCGCAGCAGCACAGAUGAUGCAGCGUGAGCAAGCGGGGUGUGUGUGUGUGCAAGGAGGACUCUGCGCAACAUGGCGGUGGAACUCAGAACAGGCUGUGGGUGCCCUGUGUUGUUCUUCCCUCCUCUGUGAGGAAAAAAAUACAAAGAGGUACUCAAAAUGUUUGCUGCUUAUUUGUGAGGCUGUCCCCACCUGUCAGCCUUCACCUGGUGCCCUGUAAUCAAGGAUGUGCCAUGAGAAAGGGCUGAGGAGCUGCUAACCAGGCAGCAUCGGCGAGGGAAGGAGAAAUACACUCAGGGAGGGACCCAACAAUGUCGUGCAGCUGUUUUUGUUAUACGACCAAGCUGUAAAGUUGAAAAAUGAUUUGAAAAGCAAGGGGAUGUGCCGGGAUUACUGAUGUGUCUUGCUUAUGGGUGCUUGGGACAUUCUGUGUAAAUGGAACCUUUUUUCCCCCCAUUUUGUUUUGGAUGGCUGUGGAAAGGAAGAACAACUGCACCAGAAUGAGCUGAGGACAGGGGCAAAACCUGACUUUUCAAUGCUGUAAUUCAAAACAUGGAGGUUACUUCAAUGUGGAGACUGCAUGUGAGAAGACCCUCAGCUUUGUUUCUUUUUUUUAAAAAAAAAAGAAAAUCAACCAGGACAAGAAGUGUAACUUGUGCAUGAUUUACCAGACAGGAGGAGAAUGUCUGGCCCACCAGUUUUACCCAGCGGUUUGUACACUGGUGCUCUGCAGGCUUGGAACCACCUGCAUCGCCUUUGCAAAGUUCCUCUGAAUCUGCUGCGGCGUUCACGGCUCUUGCCAUAAACCUCAAGGAUCUUCCAGUCUGUGUGUGCCUUGGUGUGAGAAUGGAAGUGGACUGACCUCUUGAAGUGGAAAUUCAGAUCUGGCAUCUAACGGUCUUUGGAUGGCCCACCUAAGCAAGCAGGAAAUGAAAACAAGAUCCAAAGAAGCCUAGCAGAGGAAAGUAGGAGAAUGACACGUAAAAGGCUAUAAGAUGACAGCUGUCCGUUCAGUGUUCAUGGAAGCGGUGUGCGCAGAGUUGGAUUUGUGUCACUUUACAGUGUCUUGUGGCCACAGACAGAGCUAAAACUGCCAUGAUUACGUUACUGUGACUGCUCUGCAGCUUCAUCCAAGUGAAGUACAAGGUUGAUUCUACCUUUCAUGGCCUGUUUCUCUCUACCCAUAUGCUCAGGAAAAGACAGCCCUGCAUCACUUCAGAUUUGGUGAUCUCAAAAGAGAAUGCUCAGGGGAAUUCAAGGAUCAGAGAUUUAAUGGUUGCAGCUUUAUAGUCCUUAUCAGACCAUCAAGGUUGUAAUCAGAAGAUAGGAGUUAUCACCUCCAAGAGUUCUGUUGUCUCAGUCGACCUUCAAGGGAAAAUCAUCACAAGAAUGCCUCUGAACACAUGGAGAGCCACGCUGAGCUCCUUGAGGGCAUCCGCAGCCAGUACCCUCCUUCUCACAGCCUAUGGAGUGGGACUUUCUUCUCAGCACCAUCUGGCCACGUUCUCCUCCAUAUGAGCUGCUGAUUCUUCUUCUGACCUACCAAACUACUUUCACUCCAGACGAGAAACAGAAGAACAUGGAGGUUUUGCAAUUUGAGCCAAGCUGCGCAGGAGCUCUGUGGCAGAAGAGGCGAUCUCCCGAGGGAGCCACACGAGGACAGAACCCUCCACAGAAGACAACAGCUUUUAAAACGCCAUCAGGGACUACCAGAAAACACCACAACAAACGCCUUGAAAGGCAGGAAGGAGCCCGGCAGCUGCAGAAAGCCAGCCUGAGGAUCAAAAGAGCAGCAUCCCAGGGAAACAGGGUAUGGAGCUGCCUUUUGGCUACUCUCCCUUGUACUCUGGAUCGCCAGAUAACUGUUAAACUAAGAGGGAGCAGGGAGCAUUCCUGACAUCCUGCAAAUCUUCAGCAAGGAGCAUGGAAGAACAGUGCAGAGGAGGACAGUGAGGAGACAUUACUAUGCACAUGAGAUAAGAGACAAGGCCGCUCGCACCAACGGAGCAGGCGGGGAACAAAUCGCAUCUGUUGGCGAAGCUCAGCCCAGCUCUGCUGGCAUCAGGCGCCCCUGUUUAUCGGAGCUGGCAGAGAGGUCCUAGCUUCACGCAGCCAUCUGCCAUCGGCUUGGGCCAGACGCUGAGACGCUGGCAAUGGGCUGGCGUCACCGUCAUGAGCAAAGGUACAGUGCUAUGGGCUUUGUGAACCCUGUCAGCCUUUUCCUGCGGUGAUUUUGCGUGGUGUGAAAUAGAUUGGGACUGGGUGAACGGCGCUCUGGCUGAUCGGCCCGCUGCCAGGGGAGAAUUUGUCCAUUAUAGUCUCACUUGCAUUUUGGGUGCGGCCUGAAAAGGGACGGUUUGAACCAAUAUUUGUCGGGUUUUUUCCACGCUUUGUUAUGAAACUUUUGGUUUUCCCGUGGCUUGAAUUUUGGAGUAUAUGCCUUAAAAAAGCAAUAUUACAAGUGCCUAGCUCCAAGGAAACGCUUUCCACCUGUCAAUUUGUAAAAGCUAUGGAAUUAAUGCUGUAUUUAACUAUAUAUUUAACUACAUUUGAGUGAUGGGGAAGCUGUGAUGCAGUUUACCUGAGGCAGGCAGGAGUCUGUAGGCGGCAGGUCUUGUAGUAGGAGUCAGACUGCUGGGUCCCCGAGCAGCGUCUCAGGUGCAAGCCGGGCUCCUCUGUCCUCUCCUGGUUUGGUUUCCCCUUGUGUUCCUAGGGAAAAAUGAAAGAGGGGAAAAUUAAAUGUGGAUUGUAAACUGCAGCGUCCGUGCUAGCGGAAUCUGCAGCCAAGUGAAAGGUGACUGAAUUUGGUCCAGUAUUUGCUGCUGAUUCUUAAAGAACUUCUUACCACGGGGUGAACUGCUUCAGAAAUCAGCCCAAGAGCUGACAGCCCACAGCUCUGAGAACAAGGGCCACCAUUCCUAAUCUGAGAUUUCAUCAGAUGAAUUUCAGUUUUUGAAAAGCCAUAAGGGAAGCCUGACAUAUUUUUAGAUCUUGCACUACUCCAAUGAAAGCUGCAUUUGAGAGAAAAUGGCAAUUGUAUGUGGGUAUGAGAUCUGUGUGAUACCCUUUCAAAGCCUUCAGAUGAUGCACAAACCCAAAGCCAUCAGUGGCUUGGCUAUUUUAUGUAUGGAUCAAUGCCAUUAUUAGUGAAAUUAAGUCUGUGCAUCCCGCUUAUUGGUGGGUUUGCACAAUGGGCCCAAAGGAGGCCAGUCUAUCAAGGCUUAUAAGAGGAAUUUUCAUUCCUGUGUGUGCUCUCAGUAGGUGUUAAUGCUGUGCUGAGGAGUUCUGCUCAUGGACUAUUGUGUGAAAUAUCUGUACAGUCAUUAAGUUGAGAGAAUAUUCUCAUCCUCGCCAUCAGGAUGGGUUUGUCCGUGCUGCAAACGAACUUGAGAUUGGGGGGGCUUCCAGCCAGGCAGUGUGGGGCAGCGGGGGCUCCCUGGGAGCCUCAGCCCUAGACAUGUGUCCCAGCCCCAGACAUCCAUCCAUCCCAGCUCCCAGGGGAGCAUUGCGCCGAUAUCUGAACUGUUGAAAGCUAAAGCCAGCAGAAGUAGCUCUCUAUUCACACUUUCAGUUCCCAUGUCAACAUGUCGUAAUGACAUGAGGCAGCAGAUAGAUGCAGACCGGGAAGAGUAUUUGAAUGUAUUAGGCAAUGAGGAUGGGUUAAUUUAGCUCACACAGCCCCACUGUGACUCCAGCUGAGAGAUCACGAGUCAGUGUCCACAGCUACAAAGGACCAAAAUGAAAGCGUCUCAUAAUUGAGAAGCAAAAUAGGCUUUGCCCACAUUUACUGAGUGCUUUUUCUUUUAAACCACCACCUCCUGUUCUAGUCUGGAAAACCUAAACCCGCCGUUAUAAAUGUUGGCUCCAGUUCUGGUUGGGUUCACGGUCUUUCUGGUCCCUCUCAGAGGCAGAGCUGACACCUUUCACCCCUGGGGAAGGGUUGAAUGACAGGCAUCCAGCUGAAAUCCCAUGUUACCAGCCAGAAGUAAAACACGCCUUUCACUCAGCUAUGGGACGUGUUUCCCAAAUGCUCUGGUAUCUCCAGUCCCCUCUAGUUUGUCUGUGAAACUAUUACUUUGCAUAAUAGAAGGGAGAGACACUCCGACCAUCUGGUAGGCAGCGCCGUGUAUAAUUUAGGUUGCUUCACUCACUCUCCCGUCAACAACAGGAAUAUUGCUUCCUUCUUGUUUGCCUUGAUCUCUUAGCCCUUUGGUAGAAAUACAAGGUCAAAAGCAGCUGUGGGGGAGUAAACUGUAUCCUGAACUGGGCUGUAGAGGUUUGAGGGACACCUCUGCGUGUGGGUGAGACUCCUUCACAACCAGGUCAUUUCUUGGUUCUGCAUGAGCAAGGGGAUAAAGAACUCACUACAUCCCCAUCAGAAGAGGACAGGUGGUGUCAUCACAUAUGCAAAUAUCCCUUUUCACUCCCAAGGGAAUCUGGUUCCCCUCCAGCAAAGCCUGGGGAGUGGGAUCACAUCACCUGGGCAUGGUGCUCUGGGGAGUCACCAAGGUCAAUGUCAUGCAGCCCCGCACAUGCAUCCAACAGGGCGACUGUGAGGGAGGUGGCCAAGUCCACUCAUGUCCAACGUGGAGAGACCUCCUGGGGCUGGCACAGGAGCUACAUCAUCCCCAAGGGACCCCUCAUCUCAGGGAUCAAGCCACCUUUUCAUCCCCAUUGGUAGCUGUCUUAGAAACCCACACCAGGGCAUCUACAUUUUGCUGCUGUUCCUCUAUGUCAAGAGGAAUAUCUCGGGCCUAUCCAGACCUGCACUCCUGUUUUUGCAUCCUUGGCAAGCACAGCCAGGUGGUUAAGGCCCUGAUGCUGAAGUUUAUGGCUUAAAUCAAUGGAAUUAUUCAUGAGUUCAGAGAUAACCGUGUGCUUUUAUACUUGGCUGGAAUGGCGUCUCAAGCUGACAGCUGGGAGUCAAAAGCUCUGAGUCACCGGGUCCCUCCUCUCCUUCCUGUGUGACCAGUCUACCUGUGUCUGCUUCCCUGCCUGCCGCAUAAGGAGGAUGACAACUGCUUUUAUCUGAUGGUUACUCUCGAACGGCCCUCAAGGCCUCUUCUGGCCUGAUGAAAAUUCAGUAGAAGCUGGGCUAGCGUGGAAAAGGCAGGAGGACAUUUAACUAAUGAAGGCGCUGGAGCUCAGGGAGGCAAUUACGUCCUUUCUUCCUCCCCGCAUUCCCACACAGGUUGCUUAGGGAUUGCUGCAAAAUUUUCCAUGGGCAAAGAGGAGUGGGAGCCCAUGGAAAGGCUGAGACAAGUGCCUCCAAGCCCAUGGAAAGCUCCUCUGGGAUGGUGGUUUGAGUGUCCAGUAUGGCAGAUUAUUACUCUAGCAGGUUCCCAGUAGUAGUUACACCUUAAAAGAGUUCAAUUAAAAACCAUGACCUUGAUUCUGCAAACCUCUUCUUCGCAUGUGGGGUUUGUAAAAUAAAAACAUGCACAAGAACUAGUGAGAACGAGCAAGAAAAGCACGGAUGCAAACAGCUGAAUGGAUCAAUGGCUGAUGGCCGGCACUUUUGCUUGGUGGUGUUGUCCCUCAAACACCAUUCCUGGGAAGAAAAGUUGCUUUUGUGUCCCUGCUUCAAUGCACCCAUGUUCUGGGGGGAAGCUGGCUUGGACAUGUCUUUAAGAUAGGCUGGUCUACACCUUCUCGUUGGUUACCAAGUCAAAUAGAAUCAUUUGCCUGGAUGGUGUGAGAACCCUGUGCAGCUCAGGGUACAGAUGCGGUAUCCGUGUGAAUAUGCAGGCUGGAACCCUGCAGAGGAGCUGGGGGUGUCCUCCCGGCUGCCCUGUGCUUUUGCAGGCAUUUGUAAAUACAAUUGCUCUCACUUUCCAUUGAUAGAAAUCAAAAAGCAAUUAAGAAUCAAGCUCUUCAAAUUGAUAGGUCUCCUGGAUUUGAAACAUUUUUCAUUCUUUGGCUGGUAUCACUGCCUAGAUUAGAUUAUUUUUUUAAAGGGAAGAUUAAAAUAAACAGUAUUUAUGGUUUAAUUAUUUGAAUGACUAAGAAGCUCCAGCUUUAUUUUAACUUCACAGAGGACCGGGAGAUGUUUUUAAUGAUAUGUUUUACUCACAUAGCAUCUUUCAUCCAAGGAUCUCAAACUGCUUUUCAAAUAAUUAAUUAAUCCUUGUACCUCUCCAUGAGACAGUUAUUAUCUCUGAUAUUACUGAUGGGUAAACAAAGGCACAAAGACGUCAAGGCACAAACUGUUUUCCAAAUAUUAAUUAACUAAUUCUCGCACCACUCUGUGAGACUGUUACUAUCUCUGCUAUUACCAGUGGGUAAACUAAGGCACAAAUAGCCAAGCAACUCGCCCAAGGCCACACAGGUGAGUCAAUGGCAGAGCUGAGAAUAGUGUAUGACCAGUCUCAGUCUUAGCUAAUCCUUUCUAGCAAGUGCUACGCUGUAUUCCUGACAGCAGGCACUGCAAGCCCCUGCGUGAAGCACAGCUGAAAACAGCUGAGUUUGGGAAAAUAUUUCCUCCAGUCUGUCUUCAUCCAUUGGAGAUGACAUUUGCCCACGUGAGUUUGCAGCUUCUCUAGAACUUGUCACGACUGGUGGAAGCCAAUGUAACUGUGAUGAGAAAUGGUUGGUAUAAAGUGUUUGGGGAGUUUUGAGAUGCUCUGGUGACAGCGGCUGCCCAGCAGCACACAAUUUUUCUCGAGCUGCUCUAAGCGUGGGUGUCCUCCCCUCAUUCAUCCACCUUCCUCCUUCAGGACAUGGCAGGGUGUUAUUUUUAAGCAUCCAUGCAAUAGGUCUCUGGAGGAACGUGGAGACGCUGCAGGACAGGGCCCCUCACCAGCCAAAACCACCUUGCAACCAUCAUCUCAGACCUCAGUGUGCAUGUAUUCUGUGGAAGAAAAGCUUUCUGUUCUCCCCAUGAGGAAAAGUGAGGGAGCUGAAGGCACUCUCUGCCCCUUUUCCAUCCAGCUGUGGGGAUUCUCCACACAGGCACCUGAACCCUCACCAUGCACAUCCCAGCCAAGCUAUGUCAAACACGGGCUUGGCCUCAUCAAACGCAGCCUCAUUUCCACAUGAAAGGGCUGGAGGAAGAUGAAGCCAGCUCAUCUGUAUUGAUAAGAAUUUGGCAUUACUUUCCCCCAGUUAUCUAAGCUUUCUGUGUCCAUUAAUCACAAUGCAAAACCCAGGCGGGGGGAUGAGUCUUUUCAGCUGUCUUCCCUGAGCUCAGGCAAUAAUCUGGUGGUGAUUUUUUUGUUUUGAUGUUUUGUUUUUCUUUUUCUUUUGGUUGGGUUUUUUUUGUUGUUGUUUGUUUGUUUGUUUUCCUAAACUUCCUUCUUCCAGUUCCACUCUGCUGGAGUCCGAUCGCUCCCUCCCCUCUGCAAUUUGGAUGCCUCACUCUUCCCGCUGCACCUCUGAUGCAAGCGCUGCCGCGUUUGCCAGACCUGGCAUGAGCACCCACUGCUAGUCUAGACACCAGUCUAACUGUAGCGCUAAUGCUAGGGUUUAACAGCCUGAUCUCGGCGUUUGUCAUAGCUCUGCCCACGGUCAUCGCUUUGAUCUUUAUCCUUGAAAACCACAGUCAUUGACAAAGCUGCAGGUCCAGGACCAGAUAAAGUUCACGCUGUCUUGCUUUCUGCUGUACGGCUGCUUAAAAAUCUGGGAGGGAAACCCUGGGACACUUCUGAGACAAAUUGCUGGAAGCGAUCUACAUGAGGAACCUUCAGCAAGGUACUUCCGCCAACCUCAGUGAGUUUCAAUGAAAACAGAAGAGCUGAUCCACAGAUGCCAAAUGUUGACACAAUAUGUUAAAUAGAAAUGUUGACAGUUUCCCAUGGAGAGUUUUCUGCAGUCUCGGAGAAGCUCCGCUCAACAUUUCUUUGGAGAGUCGAAGGAAUUUGAUUAACAUUUUGCCGUUGCCCAUUGCUGACUACUCCGAGUUCAGCUGGGACUGGAGGAGCACUUGAUGAAGCCGGGUUUACAGCGCACACCAGCCCGAGUCAGCAGAAGUCCGCAGGACGGGGAGGCAGACGCAGGGAUGUAAGAAGAGGCUUGCCUUAAGCAGACCCAGUAAGGCUGGGACCUGACCAGUGUCACACCAAAAGGCCACAUGUGCAGGUAUCCUGUGUGCCAGUAUCCCAUCUCCCAGCAUAUCCAGGAGGAGAUGCAGGAGGACGAAGCCCUAGGAGGAGGUUCAGCGCGUUCCCUCCCCUGCUGUACCCUCCUCGCUGCAGGCAAUCGUGGUUUAUGGACUUCCCAAAGCAGAGGCUGCCUCCAGACCAGUGUGUUUUAACAGCCACCCAUGGAUCUCUCCUCCUCAAAUGUUUUUGAUCCCUUUCUCAAGCCAUUUAUAACUUUUGGCCUCCGCAACAUCCUGUGGCAAUGAGUUCCACUAUUUAAUUAUGCUUUCUAUGAAAAAGUACUUCCUUCUGUUGGUUUAAACCUUCUUGUGUGACAGCAUCAGCAGGUCCCCUCUAAUUCUCAGGAGAAACAGUGAACGGUUGGUUCUUAUUUGCUUUUUUCUAUGUCAAUCAGGACCUGACAGACCUUUACCUCCUGCUCCUAUCAUCCCUUUCCAGCCUGCAGACUUCUCAUCUGCUUAUUUUUCCAUCGUUACAGAAGCUGUUGCCCAUCUCUUCUCAUUCCGAAUGCUUUUCUUCCUGCCCUUUCUAGUUCAGCUCAGCCCUUCCGGAGUUGGAUGGCCAGAAGACACACUACCGUGGGGAUGCGGUUUAAUUGAGCAGAUUCCCUUCACCAAUUCAUUCUGAACGUGACAGUCACCUCUUCUGAUGGACUUCAAAUAAUAUUUGCAGAGACCUCCAAGCUCUCUUUGCUAACUGUUACAUUUUGGGCUCGUCUGUGUUGAAGUUUAGUUCAGUGUGGCUUUGGGUUCCCUCCUGCUCCAGAUCAAACACGGACAGGCUGAAGUCAAGCCUGGUAGGAUACACAUUUUGGGGAGUGAGCAGCUUGUAUUUACCCACGAGGAAGAGUGUGACGGCACCAAGAUGUCACCUUUGCCUUAGCAUCUCCAAAUAAUCCCGUCUGAGCAGCCCUCUGCACUAACCUGUCUGUGUGAGUGGGAUGCAGACAAAUAAAGCAACUCCUCCCCUCUGAUUUUCCCAAAAGCA